UGGAGAAAUGAUGGCUUCAGAAUCCAAGGAGAAUGAAGCUUUUUAUUUAAUUUAAAACACCAAUCACCUUCGAACCUGAGAAAAAAGUUAGCGGCCAACACUAAGAAAAAUGGACAUCGUUAAUUCAAUGUUGACGUUGCUCUUUAUUGUCAUUUGCUUAGGUACUGUUAUCUGCGAUCGAUCUUUGGGCUCUAUGAUUGGUGGCUUUCAAAAAGAAUGUGAAGAACCAGGUUGCCGUUACACUGGAAAGAUUGUUGGAAGCGUCAGAUUCAAGGAAGAAUAUCUAAAGAUGUUAGACGAUUGCGUUCUGUUGGUGGUUCGGUCCAGAAAUUCAGGAGUAAAAGCAUCAAAAUGGAAUGUUUUGUGUAUGAUGGUUAUCUGCCCAUCUGACAGUUGUAGCCGUCGCCAGUCUGCCUGCAACUGCUCUGGGUUCAACCCAGUCUCCGUUGAAUUCUAUCCAUACCAAGAUUCACAAUAUCGAAUCGAUAUCUUCGCGACUUUAAAGUAUAGUGGACCUGGACAGCCAAUUAGGAACUUUACUUUGAUAAAGGAUUUGUCCAGCAAUAUAUUUGACGCAACCACCAAGCCAGAUAACUGGAAUCCGAUUUUCGUUCAUGGUCCCGAAAAUAUAGAUCUCACUGCUGUUGAAAAGAAAGCUGGUCAAUUCACAAAUGGAAACAGUCCACUUACUGGAGGAACUAACAUCGUUGGUAUAACAACCCUGUUUGCUUACCUCCUACGCAAGAUCAUGUUUGAUGAAUAAGGAUUUGUUUCACAUAAAGGAUAAAGGAACAAUCUUGGCUUUGUUAUGAAACAAAAUGUGACAAUAUGAAACAUUGAUUCAAUUUUAUGCCCAGUGUUUAGCGUUCAAAUAUAAUUUAGGAUAUAUAAUUAGUAUGUAGGCCUAUCUGAGACACUAGAUUGAUUGUUGCUUUAAAGCUACACACUGUUCCACAUCAGAAGAUGUUUUAAACUUAAACAACGGCAGAAUGUGUACUCGUGUUAUAACUUAUAAAUAAUGUACAAUAUAAAUAAACACAAGACACUCAAACCACACAAGCAUUUAAAAACAAGCAGUUAUUUACUUUUUGUUAUGUAAAUUAUUUACAAUAAUCGGGCAUACGUAUGUUAAUUAUCAUUUUUUUUCUGUGAUAGAUUAAUAAUUAUCAAUAAAAGAAUAAUAAA